AUGGCUACUACAGUCCAGUCGUGCUAUACCUCGACAGCCCCGUCUCCGGCAGUCGAAGAGCUGGUCGCCAAAUACUCGGUCGCCAUGUCGGCCACCUCGAGUAGCCAGAGGGUCAGCCAGGUGCUCCUCCACCAGCGCCGGAACCUGGUCCAGCGCACCCUCGACCAGGUCCGGCUCAAGUACUACCAGUACGAGGUCACCUUUGGCCUGUACGUCAUGACGCCCGGGGAGAAGUUCGCCGCCAACACCUUUGUCUUCGUCGUGCUGUCGUUGCUCUGCUGGGCCCUGCUCCUCUAUUUCCCCUCGCUGCUCUACCAGAAGCUCAGCCGCCUCGUAUGGCUGCUGACCGGCCACAGCGGCGAAGAAAUGGGCGCCGUCUUGCGCAGCCUCGACGCGAGACCGGAGACCGUCGCCUCUGCCUUUGAAAGCCACCGCUCGCUAGGCCUAUAA